UAUGCGGGGAUCGAGCCGGACGCGCAUACCGUCGCUACUGCGCUCACGGCCUGCUCUCACGCCGGCGCGCUGGGCCGUGGCGCCUGGGUGCACGAGCAUCUCCUGUCCGAUGAUAUGCUUGAAGAUUCUUAUGUCGCUUCGGCUCUUAUCAACAUGUACGCCAAAUGCGGUUCUAUCGAGAGGGCGACCGAAGUGUUCGAAUCGAUACAGCACCGUAACAGGUUUGUGUGGUCUGCCAUGAUCGGGGGAUUCGCGGUGCACGGGCUCGCGGACCACGCGGUCGAGUGCCUGCGCCGAAUGCAGCAGGAAAGAAUGCAGCCUGACGGGGUCAUCGUGCUAAAUGUUCUAUCUGCCUGCGCACACGCGGGGCUUGUGAGCGAGGGCCUUCAGCUACUUUUCGAGAUGGAGCCGCGAUAUGACAUUGUCCCCCAGCACGAGCAUUACAGCUGCGCAGUGGACAUGCUGUGCCGCGUCGGACGGCUCGACGAUGCACUGGAGCUCAUACGAAAGAUGCCGAUUAGGCCACUGGCGUCGGUGUGGGGAUCGUUGCUGACGGGGUGUAGGCUCUAUGGGAACGUCGAGCUGGCGGAGAUGGCGGUGGCAGAGCUGCAGGGGUUGACAGAGGACGAUGAGGGGGUUUACGUGCAGUUGUCGGAUAUUUAUAGGGAUGCCGGGAGGUUGGAGGAUGCUAGGAGAGCGAGGAGGCUGGUUGGGAGGAGAGGGACGAAGAAGACGGCGGCGUGGAGCUCCGUGGAGGUGGAGGGGGCGGCGAGAUCGUUUUUGGCGGGGGAUUGCGUGCAUCCGAGGAGGGUGGAGAUUGGGAGGAUGCUGGAGUUGGUGACUGAAAAUAUCAGUUGGAAUUUGGAUCCUCUCUGUCGCAAUAUUUACGAUAGAGAAAUUAUUUCUUCAGUUAUGACAGAAUAACAUGUGCAAGAUCACAAUUCAUUCCGACAUCUAUUGAUUGUUUGUUGAAGCUAAUUUAACUUUUUGUAUAACCCCUUCGAUAAUUUAGUA